AUGCCCCCGGUCGGCGGACCCAGCGCCGAGCGGGGCGGGAGGGGCGGGGGGGGGCGAAUGCGCGGACGUUCCCAGCCGUGGGGGGUGCUUCCAGGACCGGAGCCACCGAACAGCCGUGGGGCCUCAGCUUGCGAGGGGGAAGACCCCGUGGGCGAGGCCCGUUUCUCCUCUCCAGCCUCAAUCGCUUUCACGAAUGGAGUUAAUAACAAAGGUCUGCUGAGUUCUGAGGCCAGUGACCCAGCACUGACAAGAGGCUGCCUGGCCGAGGAGCCCUCCCGGGGCCCCCUUCUCGUCCUUGUAACUCAGACUGUAGAUGAAGGGGUUAAGCACUGGAGUGACCUCAGUGAACAGCCCACCUCAGCUAGUCAGCACCUGGAUACCACCUGCCAGAGCCUCAGACCCACAAGGCAGGAGGGCGCCUGCAGGCCUGCAGGGAGGAGUUCCCCAGCCAGCCUGAGCUCGCGGGUGGGGGCGCUGUGGACGCAACCCCCGGGGUCUGUUCCCGCAGAGGAGGAGCCCACGCUGGCCUCCGGGCCAGAUUCCGCGACCGUGAAAAGGCGCUCCCGCUUCCUAUGCCUGACGUCAUUAUUCGAGGGAUGGCAGAUGGGGAGAAAUGGGAGAGGAAAAUAUGAAAGGCAGCUGGCACCCCACCCGCAUGGAAGCAGAAACAGCACAGAAGUACCCCAAUUCCUCCUCCUGGGCCUCUCAGAGGAUCCGGCACUGCAGCCUGUCCUCUUUGGCCUCUUCCUGUCUAUAUACCUGGUCACCAUCCUGGGGAACCUGCUCAUCAUCCUGGCCAUCAGCUCCGACCCCCACCUUCACACCCCCAUGUACUUCUUCCUGUCCCACCUGUCCUGUGUGGACAUCUGCUUCACCUCCACCACCGUCCCCAAGACGCUGGUGAACAUCCAGACACAGAGCAAAGACAUCUCCUACAUAGGCUGCCUCACGCAGGUGUAUUUCUUUAUGGUUUUUGCCGGGCUGGACAACUUCCUCCUGACCGUGAUGGCCUAUGACCGGUACGUGGCCGUCUGCCACCCCCUGCACUACACGGCCGUCAUGAACCCCCGGCUCUGUGGGCUCCUGGUCCUUGCGUGUUGGUUCACCAUUUCCUGGGUCUCCCUGCUUCAUACUCUACUGAUGCUGCGGCUGACCUUCUGUGCAGGCACUGAGAUCCCGCACUUCUUCUGUGAGCUGGGGCAGGUUCUCACGGCGGCCUGCUCUGACGCCCUCAUCAAUGACAUCGCCUUGUAUGUGGCCACGGCUCUGCUGGGUGUGUUUCCUCUCACCGGAGUCCUGUUCUCUUACUCUCAGAUCGUCUCCACCAUAGUGAGGAUGGCCUCCACUGAGGGCAGGUAUAAAGCAUUUUCCAGCUGUGGGUCUCACCUGUCUGUGGUCUCCUUGUUCUAUGGGACAGGCAUGGGGGUCUCCCUCAGCGCUGCUGUGACCCAUUCUUCCCAGAGUAGCUCGAUUGCCUCAGUGAUGUACACGGUGGUCACCCCCAUGCUGAACCCCUUCAUCUACAGCCUGCGGAACAGGGACGUGAAGGGGGCCCUGGGAAGGCUCCUCAGCUAAACAGCCUCUUGUCAAGAUGGGUCAUUGGCCUCAGAACUGAGCAGACACUUUGGGCCCCAGAGGCACAACCACAAAUUUCAAUAUCCUGAAUCUUUACCUUCCUAAAUGAUGCUCCUCACUACUUCCAUUUCUUAUAUUACCUUCUUCUUAACAACUCCAUAAUUGUUUACUCUUCACCCUCCUUACAGCCCCUAAAGCUCUAGCCCCGGUCAGCUUUCUGACAGCCAUUCCUGAGACUUCCAGCGUUAGGGGUGAAGCACUUCUCUCAAGUGCUGACACGG